GCAGUGUGUGUUAACCCUGGUUUGUGUUUCCAGGAGCGCCGUGUGUGUGCCAAGCAGCUGGAGAUGCAGAACAAGCUGUGGGUGAAAGAUGAGAAGCUGAAGCAGCUGAAGGCCAUUGUGACUGAGAGCAAGACCCCCUCAGACCAGCGCCCCGCCACCGACAAGCCCCAGCGCCCCUCCCGGGAGAGGGACCGCGCCCCCGCCAAGAGAUCGGCCUCGCCAUCGCCUGUUCCCCAGGUAGGGCAGUGGCCAGGGUCAGGCUCCCACCCCACCUCCCCUCCUCAGAGCGCUAGCACCGGCAGCACUUCCCUCUCUGUAACCUCCUGCAUCUCAGAGUGGGAGCAGAGAGUCCCUCAGGACAGACAGACUAGCACUAGCCUGGCCCAGUACCAAGCCCACGGUCUACCCAGCAGCCUUAGCAGGAGGAGAGGCAGGUGUUGGGAGAGGGCCAGAGAAAGAGAGGAAGACAGACAGGUUCCUGACCAGGCCUGUGAUCUAGACCUCGAGGAGGAGCAGCAGGGAGGUGCUUACAGGACGGGUCCCCCGGUGCGUGCGGUCCACAGGCGCUCCCACUCUGCUGGUGGGGAGAGGUGGGUGGACCACAAGCCGUCGUCAAACGUGGAGCUGGACACGGUGAUGCAGCCCAUCCUGGGAUCCAACUCCAUUAAGGUCUCGGCCCCCAGCGAGAAGGCCCUGGCCAAGUGUGACAAGUACAUGCUCACUCACCAAGACUUGGCCUCUGAUGGAGAGAUACAGACCAAACUCAUUAAGGGUGAAGUGUUCAAGACCCGAGGUGGAGGACAGGCGGUCCAGUUCACUGACAUAGAAACUCUGAGACAGGAGCUUCCUACUGGACCAUGCCGUAAGAGGAGGUCGUCAGAAGGCAACACUGCCCAGGGGGGCGACCGUAUGGAGGGAGACUGGACAGAUGUGGAGGACCGGUGCUCUAUGGCUAUAGAGAUGAGGGCUGGGUCGAACCUGGGUCCAGGCUACCAGCACCAUGGACAUCAGAAGCGCAGAAAGCCCUGAGAAGGUCCUGUCCUGUCCUGUCUGGGCUGCUCCAUACACCCCUCUCUCCCCCCUCUCUCCUCAACUCUCCCCCCU